UCGAGAACUUCAGUCUUCACGCGUUAACGGAAGAGCGUUUCAUAGUUGCUUCUUUUCCGUCGUGGGCUUACUACACUAUAACGGCAAAGAUGAAUUAUACAAUGUUGAGUAUCGUUUUAAUUGUUUUGACGUUGCUGAGAAGUUCCAAACCGAACCCUUUGAACACGGAUAGCGGUGCGAUUUGCGAAUCUUUGCCCUCGGACCAAAACAGUAUCAAGUUCUACUUGUACACAAAAAAGUCUUCGGCCGAGUUAACCGUGGACAAAGAUUCGAUAAACGCAGCGCCAUUUGCCGAUUCCAACAAACUCGUUUUGUAUUUACACGGUUUCGCCGAGUCCGUGGACGUGGCAGGCCCUAAGAUUGUUCGAGACGCCUACUUAAACGGGACAGAGGACCUCAACGUUGUUCUGGUGGACUAUUCGGGCAUGUCGAUGGCGAGGGGCUUCACUCUGUACGACUUCGCCUCGUCUUUUCCGCGGUCCAGGUACUGUUAUUUGCCGAGAAUCGCCGACAGACUCGCGGAGAUGAUAUCGCUCAUACAAGAAGUCGUCGCGCGAAUCAGCCACACGCAUUUGGUCGGGCUCAGUCUGGGCGCCCAGAUAGCCGGCAAAACCGGGAGGCGGUACAAAGAAAUCACCGGCCGCACGUUGAACAGAGUCACCGCUUUGGACGCUGCCGGCACUUGUUUCGAGCAGUCCCCGGAAAUCAGCAGAGACAGUGCCAUUUUCGUGGACGCGAUACACACCAACGCCGGUUGGUUCGGCCUCGUGGCGCCGGUGGGACACGUCGACGUGUACUUGAACAACGGCAUCGUACAGCCCAUUUGCCUGACCAACGCCGACGCCGUUACAGGCUUCUUGGGUAUGCCGUCCGCCAUGGAGGAACCGACGAUUUGCUCGCACGUGUCUUCGGUCUUAUUCUUCGUCGCGUCCAUUAACAAUGACAAGAUAUACGCACAGCCCUGUCGUCAGAUCAGACAAUUGACUCGAAACGCCGAAAACAUAUUUUUGUUGGACCGAGACAACGACAACGCAAUCAGCUUGACGUGCAGUUCGUCUAGCAACGAGCAGCAAAUAGUAUUUGGCCAACACGUGCCUCAUAAUGCCUUGGGGACGUACCAUGCCACCAUCUCAAAUAUACUAGAGCUACUCAACCCACCACCAAGUCAAUAGGUAAUA